AGAGUCCGGCAGCCAGAGCAAACUGGAGAGAGAGCCCAGGCGCCGGGGACCCCCAGCCCCAACCUGCUUGUCUGCCUCUUGCCUGCCGCCUUGCCUUCCAGAUCAGGUCAAAGGGGACUCCUCUCUCUUACUUACCUCCUGCUCCCUCCUACAACUAUCUGGGUGCAUUUGGGGAGGGUAGAUGAGGGUGGGCCCAGGCGCCACCAUCUCUAGAUGAGGGCCUCCCCUGCCAGCCCUCCCUGCAUCUGAUAGGAAAGGAACAGGGCCUGGAGGGCCCACCAAGCCUGGGCAGAAUCUAAAAUGGCCGAUUGGCUAUCUAGCCACAUUUAUAUCCUCCAGCACUGGCCUACCUGUUCACAUGUGUGUUUUUGUUUUGUUUGGGAAGAAUCUCUUUACUGAGAAGAUGUGGUAAAGUCGGCACCCUGACUAACCAGCCCAGGCGAGCCUAGAUGAAGCAGGCUCCCUUCCCAGCUCUCUCCCCCACCCCAAUUCUGGGACUUCCAGAGUACAGGUGCCCUGCCCCAGGCCCAGCCUUCAUAGACCAGGUCUGUGGGAUCCUUCCCAUGGCAUGACACAGCCACUGUGGCAGGACCCAGUUGUGUCCUGUGCAGGCUCCUCUGGCGGCAGAGUCCCUGAGGACCAGCCUGUUGCCGAGUGCGGAGGGCACUCCUCAGGAGAGGACGCCCAGGUAGCCUGGUGCAGGGCUUUGUUCCUUGUGUGGUGGUGGUGACCACACUGGGUGCUCCUGCUUCCUUUUCUGGGUUCCCCAGGCCCUGGGGUUCCACCGUGGUCCAGGUCUGCCAGAUAGCAUGAAGCGCUUUGUGUGAAUCACUGCAGCAGAACGUCCCUUAUGCUAGCCUUUGAAGUUGGGCAGUGGGACCCCAUCUUGUCCAUGGGAAAGGAGAUUUGGAAGGGCUAGUUGAUCUGCUGAAGGGCAUGGUGGUAGACGCUAGGUUCUGAAGUGGUUGCUUGCUUAUUUAUUUAUUUAUUUUCAGACAUGUCUCAUGUAACCCAGGCUGACAGUAAACUUGCUGUGUAGUCCAGGAUGACCUUGCCCCCGAGAGCUGGGGAUGACAAGGUUGCACCGCUACACCAGAUUUUCCAUAGUGUAGCUGGCAUCAGUGUGAGACAUCACCCAGGCCUACCUGGUGACUGAGGAAAAACUGCACAGGGGCUGCCUUAGCUCUGCUGCAGCUCUGCUCAUCAAGGGCACACGGCCUGGCGCCCAUCGGCCCCGUCCUCAUCAGGAUCCUCGGGGUCAGGUGGAGAUUAGUGGAGCCCUCUGAGCCAUUUUUGUGUUGUCCUCCUUGAGUGUGGCUGGCUGCUCCAGACAAGACCUGGCAGCCUGGGCAGGGCCGGGGGGGGGGGGGGGACCCAUUUUGCUAUAUGAGAAUCUUCCGGGACCUCCCCCAAGAACUUUGCAUGUACCAUGUGGUGUGUGGAGGUGACACGGAAUGAGGUGAGAAGUGGUCAUUCAUAGCUGAACCGUGGGAGAACUCAGGCCCAAACAGGGCUUCUUUUAUUUGUUUUGUUUUGUUUUCUAAUUAAAUUCAUCAGUUGAGAUGGAGUCACACUGUAUAGCCCUGGCUGUCUUGGAACUCUUUGUUGAACAGGGUGGCUCUAGUUUACAGAAGUGCACUGGGAUUAAAGGUGCUGAGCUCUAUUGUUGUUAUAAUCUCUUUUUUAAGACAGUUACGUACUGGAGCCCAGGCUGACGUGGGUUCACUGUGUAGCCUAGGUUGGCUUCAAACUUACAGCUUCCUGUUUCAGCCUCCCAAGUGCGGGGAUAAUAGGCAGGAGCUGCCAGGCCCAGCUGGGCCUCUGGUUAGGUCCUGGAGGAGCCUCUCAGAGAUAGGAAGUGAGGAGUCAGGCUAUCUCUGGCCAGUAGACCAAAGUUUCUAUAGAGAUGAGAUGAACAGGAAACAUGGGACCCGCAGGAGGGGCUGUGGGAACCCAAUGGUGUUUGGUGGUGGUAGUGCCCAGCAGGGGAGCUUUUCCUAAGAUGUCAAACAAUCUUAACAGUCUUAAACAAACAGGGAAACUGAGGUCCAUGGUGUGUGGUCAUUUGCACUAGCUUGGCCUUGUGUUCCACUGGGAGGCUGCACCCCUGGGCAGCUGAGGAAACACUUGUUACAGGUGUGUCUUGGAGCACCUAGCAGCGUGUGGGUUCUAAAGUCAUACGUGUAAACUGGCAUGUGUCCUAACAAGAGCUGCUUCCUUCUUAUCUUGUCAUGCAGGUCUGCAGGGAGGGCCCAGCCUUUACCACUGCCCAGAGAGCAUAGCAGUACCUCCCCCACACCAACUGUGGCCUUUUGUUUUCUGGGUGACACUAGCAUCAGGCGGUGUGAUGUGUCCGGGUGACUAAUCUCCUCCAGGCUGGGCAGCUGUCACAGCGGGGCCUGUAGUGCUGGGGGAAGCUGACACCCUAGUGGAGACCUGGCAGGCAAGGGCCCUGGCGGCAGCAGGCAGUGAGGCCUGCAGCUUCCAGAAAGUAGACCCAAACUCAAGUAGGCAUGGUCACAGGGCCCAGACUCUGGGCAUGCUCUCAACACUGAACCUCGUUCUUACCUCAGAGGGCGCAGUGGAGUCAGUGAGAUAAUAAAGGGCUUACCAAGGCCUGUCACAGUAGAUGCUGGGCGAGCAGGAUGGGCGCUAAUAUUGUGGGCCCUUUCUCUAGCCCAUCUCAUCCUGUCCCAGGGUCCAAGGGAACCUUGUAUUCUACCCAUCCCUGGGGACAGAUCCAGGGUUCCACAUCUACUCUGUACUGUCUGCCUGUGGGCUUUGUGUAUGCUACCCUUUUGUGGCUUAGUUUCCUCAGCAGGCACUGUGUGCGCGUGCGUGCGUGCGUGCGUGCGUGCGUGUACAUAGUGGACUCAGUCAGUAUUAGCUGGAUGUCCCUGUGUUUGGGAGGAAAGCAGCCCUUAGUGUCUGCUCUUUCAUUUCUGGAACUCACCUCCUGUGCAGUCUUAACGCUGCUUUCCCAGCACAGCUCACUGAUUGCGGGAGCUCCGUCCCUGGGCCCACUUCCUUCUCUGUUACACCCUGUACCGGCCUUGAAGCUACUUGCCCAAGACCCAUGACAAGGAUGGAUGGAGGAUUGGGGAGAUCAGGUGCUACAUAUAUCAGGAGGGACUGUGCUCCCAGACUGUCCUUCCCCUUGCCCAUUAAUGGUUAAGGGUACUUCGCCCCUGCUCUGGGCUUCAGCAGAAACUGUCUGUCACUCGUUCAUGUCUGUGACUUGUUCCAUGACUGUGUCUUGGGCUUCCAUGGCUGUUCUUUGGAGCUAUCACCCUCAGCUGACUGGGAGCUUCCUGCCAUCCUCAAGUAGAAGAGGUGUAAGCAGAGGAAGCUGAUCCCAGUGGCCUGGGAAGGAGGAAAGGUAGAAUAGGGAAGCAGGUGAAAGGAAGGGUCUCAGAGAGCUCACAUGGUCUGGUACACACCAGGGGUGGAGACCAAGGCCCCUGCUUUCCUGCAGGAGGCAGUCUGGGUCAUCUCAAGCUUAGAAUUAUUAGCCUGAGGCUUCAAGCCUGGGACAAUGGUGCAUUGGGUCCCUCGGCAGGAAGACUUAGAGGUUUUCAGGCAUCACACUUUGGGAUGUCCACACUCUGCUUUCUAGAAAAGGGAGACACCCACUCAGUACCAGGAAGUUCUUAGAGAUGUAUAUACAUGGCAUCCAGGAUUCAAAAGGCUCUUCUUUUAACCUAAGCCUCUUACUGCAUCUACCAAGUUAAGACAGAGCACUCUUUCCUGGGGAUGGAGAGGGUGCCUUUCUAACUCUCUGAAGCUUGGUUUCCCAAUGUCUGGACCCAAGGUUGACGCUGAGGAUACAGAUUUUCUCAGGACUGAGAUCCUUCGCAGAUAGCCUGAGUUUGUUGGUUUAUUCAUUCAUUCAUUUAGUUGUACUGUAUCCCAGGAGAGGAGCCCAACCUGUUCCAUGUUGGGGCAAAAGGAAGGUUAGAUGAGAGGGAAAGACUCCAGGGCCCUAUGGUCCAUGUAGGCAUGGUCUGGGUCCCAGAUUGCCUUUUGUUUUCAUUUCUGGCAAGGUAGAUGAAGACCCUUUGGGCUCAGGUCUCUGUUGGUUCUAGUGCCUGGGCAGGUAAAGCCCCAUCUCCCAAAAACUCCUGGGGUAGAAUUUAGGGAAUCCUAGCCAGGAACAGUGUCUGCUUUCCCGUAGCUGUAAGCCUGGGUUCCCUGCUCAUCUGAUACCUGCAAGCAUUUUAAUGGAGGCCAAACUGUCCUCAUGCCUAGCACCUAAGUGUCCCUUCUUUGCUCAUGGGGCACAGAUGGGCUUCAGCUUGGCUCAGCUCCUGACACUCCGAGUCUGUAUGCCCAACAGCCCCUGGUAUGGAGCCCUUCUUUAGGAGGCAUUUCCAGCAGAAGGCACCAGGUCCUGGACAGAGGCUGCAGCCGUCCAGUGGUAUGGGGCUGCCCACAGGCAAGGCUCGACGCCGCUCUCCUGCAGGGCAGGCCUCCUCCUCACUGGCCCAGAGGCGCCGCUCCAGUGCACAGCUCCAGGGCUGUUUCCCCAGUUGCGGGGUGGGCACCCAAAGUGCCAGCCGCAGGCGCUCCAGCACUGCACCCCCUGCCUGCAAUCCCCGCUUCAUGGUGGAUAUGGUGCCCAUCCUACAGCCUGCCACUGUUGGGGCCCAGCUUCUGGGUGCACCUGUGCUUUUGCCUGGGAUUGUGGGCAUGAAAGAGGAGGAAGGUGCCCAGGAGGGAGAUGAGACACCUGGGGCAUCAAGUGAUGCCAAACCGGGCUCCAGGACACCAAGGCCCUCUUCGCACCAGGGCACCUGGCCAUUGCUUCCCAUACCCCGGUGCCUGCGCAGGGCUUCCUCCCACCUGCUCCCUGCCGAUGUGGUGUAUGGCCAUACUCUUUGGGGCCUGCAUGGGCACUAUCGUCACCUCAGCCAAAGGUGGUCCUCAGGCCAACACCCUAGUGUUGGGGGCCGAAGCCAAAGAGCCUCGGGCACUGCAUCAGGCCUCAUGGUACCUGCCCGUGCGCGCCCACUGUCACGCAGACGCCAGGUAGCUCUAAGGCGGAAGUCAGCUGGACCCCAGCCCUGGAACACCCUGCUUAUGAAAGCCAUCACCAAGUCAGGCCUCCAGCACCUGGCACCCCCUCCUCCCACGCCUGGGGCCCCGUGUGGUGAAUCUGAGCGGCAGAUCCGGAGCACUGUGGACUGGAGUGAGUCAGCAGCGUAUGGGGAGCACAUCUGGUUUGAGACCAACGUGUCCGGUGACUUCUGCUAUGUCGGGGAGCAGUACUGCGUAGCUAGGAUGCUGCAGAAGUCAGUGCCCAGAAGAAAGUGUGCAGCCUGUAAGAUUGUGGUGCACACCCCAUGCAUUGAACAGCUGGAGAAGAUUAAUUUUCGCUGUAAGCCAUCCUUACGUGAAUCAGGCUCCAGAAAUGUCCGUGAGCCAACCUUCGUAAGACACCACUGGGUACACAGGCGACGCCAGGAUGGCAAGUGUCGGCAUUGUGGAAAGGGCUUCCAGCAGAAGUUUACCUUCCACAGCAAGGAGAUUGUGGCCAUCAGUUGCUCCUGGUGCAAGCAGGCGUACCACAGCAAGGUGUCCUGCUUCAUGCUGCAGCAGAUUGAGGAGCCCUGCUCCCUGGGGGUGCACGCAGCUGUGGUCAUCCCACCCACCUGGAUCCUACGGGCGAGGAGGCCCCAGAAUACCCUCAAGGCCAGCAAGAAGAAAAAGAGAGCAUCCUUCAAGAGGAGAUCUAGCAAGAAAGGACCCGAGGAAGGCCGCUGGAGACCCUUCAUCAUCAGGCCUACCCCAUCCCCCCUCAUGAAGCCCCUGCUGGUGUUUGUGAACCCUAAGAGUGGGGGCAACCAGGGCGCUAAGAUCAUCCAGUCUUUCCUGUGGUAUCUGAAUCCUCGACAAGUCUUUGACCUGAGCCAGGGGGGACCCAAGGAGGCGCUGGAAAUGUACCGCAAAGUGCAUAAUUUGAGGAUUCUGGCUUGCGGGGGUGAUGGCACGGUUGGCUGGAUUCUGUCCACCCUGGACCAGCUGCGCUUAAAGCCACCGCCCCCUGUGGCCAUCCUGCCCCUGGGUACCGGCAAUGACCUGGCCCGCACCCUCAACUGGGGUGGGGGUUACACAGAUGAGCCUGUGUCAAAGAUCCUUUCCCAUGUCGAGGAGGGGAAUGUGGUACAGCUGGACCGCUGGGACCUCCGCGCAGAGCCCAACCCUGAGGCAGGCCCUGAGGAGCGAGAUGAUGGAGCCACUGACCAGCUGCCCCUGGAUGUCUUCAACAACUACUUCAGUCUGGGCUUUGAUGCCCACGUCACCCUGGAAUUCCAUGAGUCCCGAGAAGCCAACCCAGAGAAGUUCAACAGCCGCUUUCGGAAUAAGAUGUUCUACGCUGGGACGGCUUUCUCUGACUUCCUGAUGGGCAGCUCCAAGGACUUAGCCAAGCAUAUCCGCGUGGUGUGUGAUGGAAUAGACCUAACCCCCAAGAUCCAGGACCUGAAACCCCAGUGCAUCGUUUUUCUGAACAUCCCCAGGUACUGUGCAGGCACCAUGCCCUGGGGCCACCCUGGGGAGCACCAUGACUUCGAGCCCCAGAGGCAUGAUGAUGGCUACCUCGAGGUCAUCGGCUUCACCAUGACAUCCCUCGCAGCACUGCAGGUGGGUGGGCACGGAGAGCGGCUGACCCAGUGCCGAGAAGUGCUGCUCACCACGGCCAAGGCCAUCCCUGUGCAGGUGGACGGUGAGCCCUGCAAGCUUGCGGCAUCACGUAUUCGAAUCGCCCUGCGCAACCAGGCCACCAUGGUGCAGAAGGCCAAGCGCCGGAGUGCUGCCCCACUGCACAGCGAUCAGCAGCCAGUCCCCGAGCAGCUGCGGAUCCAGGUGAGCAGGGUCAGCAUGCACGACUAUGAGGCUCUGCACUAUGACAAGGAGCAGCUCAAGGAGGCCUCUGUGCCUCUGGGCACUGUGGUGGUCCCUGGGGACAGCGACCUGGAGCUCUGCCGUGCCCACAUUGAGAGACUCCAGCAGGAGCCCGAUGGCGCUGGAGCCAAGUCCCCGACAUGCCACCAACUAUCCUCUAAGUGGUGUUUCUUGGAUGCUACCACUGCCAGCCGCUUCUACAGGAUCGACAGGGCGCAGGAGCACCUCAACUAUGUGACGGAGAUUGCCCAGGAUGAGAUUUAUAUCCUAGACCCUGAGCUGCUGGGGGCAUCAGCACGGCCUGACCUCCCCACCCCUACCUCCCCGCUCCCUGCCUCCCCCUGCUCCCCCAUACCCCGGUCACUGCAGGGGGAUGCUGCACCACCUCAAGGUGAAGAGCUGAUUGAAGCUGCCAAGAGGAAUGACUUCUGCAAGCUCCAGGAGCUACACCGAGCAGGAGGUGACCUCAUGCACCGGGACCAGCAGAGCCGCACACUCUUGCACCACGCAGUCAGCACUGGCAGUAAGGAAGUGGUCCGCUAUCUGCUGGACCAUGCACCGCCGGAGAUCCUUGAUGCUGUGGAGGAGAAUGGGGAGACCUGUCUCCACCAGGCAGCUGCCCUGGGCCAGCGCACCAUCUGCCACUACAUCGUGGAAGCUGGGGCCUCCCUCAUGAAGACAGACCAGCAGGGCGACACGCCCCGGCAGCGAGCUGAGAAGGCGCAGGACACAGAGCUGGCUGCCUACCUGGAGAACAGACAGCACUACCAGAUGAUCCAGCGUGAGGACCAGGAGACGGCUGUGUAGUGGAGGACACUACAGAGGACCACAGCGUCCUUUGCCCACCUCACUGCCACAUUCCUGUCGGGUGGCCAUGGGGGGACCCUGCCCCAGGGAAGGAGCCCCGUGCCACCCCUGAGAAGCCACUCAGAUCUAGGGCUGGACUCUGAGGAGCUGGACUCUCGCCUGUCCCUGUGUUCAUGGGGAACAGAAGAUGGGCUGGCGGAUCCCUUCGGACAGCCUUCCCCACACCAUGGCAGAUGGAAGGCAGGACAGAAAGCACCGACAGGAAGGCCUGCUCACAGCAGGCCGUUUGCUAGCCGCCUGGCCCUUUGGACUGUCAAGAGGCUUCGGGGUGCCUAGCCCUGCGCUCUGACCCAUCCACCCACCAGGGCCUCCCAGAAACUGAAGAGCCUGCUGUAUUCACCUGCCCGAGGCCCUGCUUGGCACCUACCCUGGUGAUCCUCAUGUACCCAGUCAUUUCAUUUCAGACUGUAUGGCCUGGGGUGGGGGGUGGGGCUCCCCCGGUGACUUGUUUACAGCUGGGUGUGACUCAGUAAAGUGAAUUUUUUUUUC